AUGGGGCGCACAAAGAAGCUGACAGAACCCCAGGGUACCCCCAGACCAUCGGGAUCCGCGGUCGAGCCAUCUAUCCGCUCCUUCCUCACAACUCCACGGGACUUCGCGUCCCAACCAGAAAUGGAGAGCUCAAAUGAGACCGCGACCCCCGCCGGAUUCUCUCUGGCUUCAUCAGCCUCGCCGGAAGCGCAGGGGACACUAGAUGGGGACCUGCGAGCCCUCCUGCCCAAUCUGCUUACCAAGGUAGAUCUGGAAGCCCUCUCAGACCGCCUCAGCAGAGUUAUUAGGGAUGAACUGGCCCAGGUGAGGGCGGAUGUAGCCUCUAUGGACGCAUGA